UUUAUUUCCAUUUAUUGCGUAUAAAUAAAUGAAACAGUGAAGCAUAUGAGAAACAAUCCAAACAGUCCAGAUCAACAGCUGAUCUGAUCCGUGAUCAUCAAGCAUGGGCGGGUUACAAUUCAUGAGCGCCAUAAAAAAGAUGAUCAAUAAUAACUACAAGUUCUUCUCCAAAAGGAAGGAGAAGGAAGAAGAUGAAACGAAAAAGGUGCAGAACAAUAAGAUUGAGCAGAGCAGCAUAGCCGGAAAAUGGACACUUCUGAGCGGAAAAAACAAAUGGGAAGGGCUAUUAGAUCCUCUGGAUGACGACCUCCGGCGAUACAUAAUCCAUUACGGAGAAAUGGCCCAGGCAACCUACGACAACUUCAACCGCCAGAAGGCGUCGAAGUUCACCGGAAGCUGGCGGUACUCAAAACAGAGCAUGUUCGAAAUGGUCGGGCUGGAGAAGGGGAAUCCGUUUAAGUAUUCCGUCACCAAAUACGUUCAUGCGACGUCUUCUAUUCCGGUCCCCGACGCUUUUAUCGUGAAAUCGGAGUGGAACAGAGAGUCGAAUUGGAUCGGGUAUGUGGCGGUGGCGACGGACGAGGGGGCGGCGGCGUUAGGGAGGAGGGACAUAGUCGUUGCUUGGAGAGGGACGGUUCGGAGUUUGGAAUGGGUUAAUGAUUUUGAGUUUGCCUUUGUGGAGGCGCCGAAGAUAUUCGGGGACAGCGCCGCCGCCGCCGAUCAUCCUAAGGUUCAUCUUGGAUGGUAUUCCAUUUACGCUUCCGAUGAUCCAAAAUCUCCCUUAACUAACAUCAGUGCAAGGGACCAGGUCCUUGCCGAAAUUUCUCGAUUGGUGAAUCAGUACAAGAAUGAGCAGAUCAGUAUAACCAUAGUUGGCCAUAGCAUGGGGGCAGCCGUUGGAACCUUAAACGCUGUUGACAUAGUCAUCAACGUAUUAAACAAGGGGGUGGCUAGAAAUUCUGCCUAUCCUGUGACUGCCUUCCUCUUCGCCAGCCCACGAGUGGGAGAUAUAAACUUCAAGAAUGCAAUAUCAAAGCUACAAGAUAAUCUUCAUAUUCUUCGCGUUAGGAACGGGUUAGAUAUCGUUCCAAAUUAUCCUCUUAUAGGCUUCGGAGACGUCGGUGAGGUGUUACCCAUCGACACGACGAAAUCGGAGUACCUAAAGGUACCGGGAGAUUUUACCACUUGGCAUAGCUUGGAAGCUUACUUGCAUGGAGUUGCUGGGUACCAAGGAGCAAAAGGACAGUUUAAGAUUGAGAAAGGGAUACGUGAUAUUGCAUUGGUUAACAAGCAUUUGGAUGCUUUGAAGGAUGAGUAUAGUGUGCCAAGCUCAUGGUGGGUUGACAAGAAUAAUGGGAUGGUUCAACAAGAUGAUAGAACUUGGAUUCUCAUGGAUCAUGAGGAUGCUGAUUUUUCUCCAAACAGUAACUCUUCAUACAAGUAAAUGUUAUAAAUAAAAAGAUGUUAGAGUUGUGGGCUUUUUAUUAGAAAAAUUAGUAUGCUAAAUGUCAGAACACAUUUUCUUAAAAUUUACUCAUGUAACUCAGCUUAUAGUUAUCAAUAGGGUCCGGCCUCUAUUAUACGUAACUCCAGUGGAGGACCUAGGGGGUCCCGGAGGUCAAGUGCUCCCGCUUCCGACCCUGAAAUUUAGUAUUAGUGGUUAUGAUAAAAUUAGUGUUCCGCUUCUUGAUAUAAAACUAUGAUGAUUAGAUAUGUAAUAAUUCUGUCAAAGAGCAUAUGUAAAUUGUUGUAAGACAUUUAAAUGACUAGGAGUUAUGAUGAAGCAAUUUCAUACAGUUAGACAUGUUCUUGACACGAUCAUUCUUUGAAAAGUGGCAUUGGUGGUUAUUUUUGUGAAGUAUAAAUUAUCUUUUCAAAAUUAGAAGUGAAUGGUAUGACGA